AUGACCGAUUCCUCCUCGGCCACAGCUAAGCGCCCCGCAUCCCCUUCCCCCCUGUCCGAUAACACGGCUAAGCGUGCGCGUGAGGCGUCCUCUGCAUCCCCCACCAAGUCCGACACCAAGAAGGAGAAAAUGGACGAGUCCUCAACGCGUGAGAGCGGCAGCGGCAGCGAGCCUGGCCCCUCGACGGGCGCCACUAUCUCGGCCCCUCCCACUUCCAUCCCCGCCACCCCCGCCAAGCCUUCUGAGCCCCCUGCUCAGCAAAUCUCCAUGCGCGCGUUGAUCGUGACGCAGGACGCGAGUGUUAUCAUCGGCCGCGCUGGUGCCCACGUCAACGAGAUCAGAGAGAAGUCCGGAGCUCGAGUCACGAUCUCCGAGUCCAUCCCCGGCAAUCCUGAGCGGAUACUCAAUGUAUUCGGCGCGCUGGACGCCGUCAGCAAGGCAUUCGGCUUGAUCGUCCGUCGCAUUAACGAUGAGCCCUUUGACGUCGCCUCUGUUCCGGGCUCGAGGGCUGUCACCAUCAAGUUUAUUAUUCCCAACUCGCGCAUGGGUAGUGUCAUCGGCAGGGGAGGAUCCAAGAUCAAGGAGAUCCAGGACGCUUCUGGUGCUCGUCUUAACGCCAGCGAGGUCAUGCUUCCUGGCUCUACCGAGCGUAUCCUCUCGGUCUCUGGUGUCGCCGACGCCAUCCACAUCGCUGUCUACUACAUUGGAACCAUCCUUCUCGAGUACCAGGAGCGCAACCCGGGUCCUCACUCUGGCAUCGGCACCUACCGCCAGCAGCCCCAGGGCAUGGCCGCUGCCCAGCCCUCGUUCACUGGAGUCGCCCCCGGUGCCGGCGGUGCAUCUGCCCCUGGCAGUCAAACCCAGCAGAUCUUCAUCCCGAACUCGCUCGUUGGUGCUAUUAUUGGCAAGGCUGGUUCGAAGAUUAACGAGAUCCGUGCCCAGUCGCAGUGCCAGAUUCGCGUCACUGAGCCUGGAACCGCGCCCGGUCCGGGGCAGCCCGUCAACCCUGACGAGCGUCUGGUCACUAUCACCGGCCAGCCUGUCAACAUCAACAUCGCUGUUCAGAUGCUGUACCACCGCCUCGAAGCGGAGAAGGCCAAGGCCGCCGGCAUGGGAGGCGGCCAGCCCGCUGUAGCGACGGUCAAUGUGAAUGAGAUUCCAUGUGCAAAAAGGGCCAGUCAACCAUCGGCGUCAACAGGGCACGGUGAUUUGUGUGAGCUCGUCAAGGAAGCUGUCUUCCUUUUCCUCUUCCUCCCCAUCACUCUCACCUUACCCCGUCAGUCGACAAUGAGCAAAGCGCCGCCAUUACUACCAUUUCACGCCGAUGUGCUGACGGAGGUCUUCUUCUUCCUCGACCGCAAGUCAAUGGCACGCUGCGCCCGCGUAAACUCGGCAUUCUACACCCUCGCCGUGCCGCAGCUAUACCGGUCAAUAACGAUCGAUCUGGAGAGCGACACGGAGACGCUGGUGAACUACAUGCGCGCGAAUCGGGAGGAGAUCAUGGCCGGCACCGUCUCCAUGGCCGACGCACCGUGGGUACUCGUGCCCACCUUGGUCGAGCUGGCCAAGCCCCGGCUGGGUAUCGAUCUCAAGUCCCUCGUGCGACAUGUGGACCUGGACACGCACCAGAUCUCAACCUGCGAGGGGACGGGCAACAUCCUUCCUUCGCUCUCUGGACUCAAGUCGGUGCGUUUGACACUGCACCAGUCCUCGAUCCUGCAAGACGUGCAAUACUACUCCCUGCACCCCUGGGACUUUGCGGCGUGCUGCGUGCUCGAGGAGAUCAGCAUUCCAAAACUCGUCGUGCGCAAUGUGCCCCUCCUCUAUGCUCGGGCCUCGCAGAACCUUGCCCCCAAACGAGCGCUGAGGGAUACGGAGGAGACGGUCUUCAGCCUGUUUCCCGAUCAGGCCGUUGUGGGCACGAAUAUGAAGUUUGAGAGCGCUUCGUGUGGUCUCAGCGGAAUACUACGCGCCAUGCCGCCGAGCACGAAGCGGCUGACACUCAUAUUCUGGACGGACCCGACGAAUGCGGAACACGGUCCCGGAAGCGUGUGGAAGCCGAGCCCCAGACCUCUGAAGGACGGAGAGGGGAGCGUGAUCGAGACGUCCUGGGUCGGCCGGUUCUUUGCGCAACUGGGACGCUUCGCGAAGGUGUAUCACACCACAUUCACGAUAGUCAAUGUCGGAAAUGUGGACCCGACCGCAAUUCUGGAGGACGGAGACGAGGACCACAGCACCGAGCAUGUGCAGGAGGUUGUGGAGGAUUUUGUAAGGCGGAGCGUGGGAGAGGACAAGGUUGAGUUCAGGCAGAUGAGAGGGUACAUGCGCUCUAGGGAGGCGGAGGGCGUGUUCGACGACGAGGAGUUCAGGCUCUGGAUGUAG